CUGGUGGCUGCAGCAAGGGACCAAGCCCGAGAUUUGGCUCCUCUUGCUGAAGAAGCGAGAAAACUCGCAUCAGAUCUAGCGCACAUAGGUAAUCUUCAACGCAAAAUAGCAAGCACUUGCGGUGAGAGAGAAUCAGAGAGACUGCACAAUAUAGCUAGCCAGCUGCACGAACAAUUGGAUCAUAUAAUUGAGGUGUGCAAAUUGCUCAGACACAUAGCGAUGUCAGAAACACUUCAAGUAAGUGCGAAAAAUUCGCUGAAAUAA